AUUACUCACCAGGGUGGAAGCAGAAAUCAACUUUGCACAAGUGUACAUAUUCAGAGUUGUGAGGAACAGUUCCACGGUUUUGUGCAGACCUCUCUCUGCUUCUGUGCUGAACAGACCUCAGAUCAGGACAGAUAAGCCCUGCUGUCUUUCGGGUGCUCAGCAUGAAGUCUUGCCACUGCUGCAUCGGCAGUUCCAAACAAGCGCGGUGUCCAGGGACAUUGAUACUGCUGCCAAGUUUAUUGGUGCUGGUGCUGCAACCGUGGGUGUAGCUGGCUCUGGUGCUGGCAUUGGAACAGUGUUCGGCAGUCUCAUCAUUGGCUAUGCCAGAAAUCCCUCCCUGAAGCAGCAGCUCUUCUCCUACGCCAUUCUGGGUUUUGCGCUCUCCGAAGCCAUGGGGCUCUUCUGCUUGAUGGUAGCAUUCCUCAUUCUAUUUGCCAUGUGAAAAAAAACCAACAUGCACUUCUACACACUCUUCCUUUCUCCCCCGCCCCUCCUGUGUUUAGUCUAAUGUGUACGCUGAGCUGAGUGUUUUGUGGGAGAAAAGGGAAGCUCACCUGUUAACCAAAUCCUCCCUGUUCACUGGGGGCAAGUGAAUAAAUACAGAUUGGUAUACA